AUGUCUGAACCAAAGAUUCAAGAACUUCUUGCCAAAGAACAAAAAGUAUUUGUUACGAUAUAUCAAAUAAUUCCAGGUUUAGAAAAAUUUAUUGGACGUUCUCAGUUGAAUAAUAAUUCGAAUGGUCAUAGAGUUGAAUUACCAUUUUAUUUGGCAGCUGCUUUGGAUAAACGUAAUUUAGCAAAAAUGGAAAGACCAAAAUUUUUAGAAGUAGAAAUAAUAAAUGCAUUAAAAGUUAAUCCAGUAAAUGUUAAUUUACACGAAAUUUGUCCUCAAUUUUAUUCGUUCGCUAUAAAAUAUCUUGAAACCAGGCAUGAAAAUUCUGAAUUAGUUGAAGUACUGGUGAAGAGUAAAAGGUUAAGAAGUUUGGAAAUAUUUGAUAGAGCAAAAAGAUUUGAUGAGGAUCAUAUGGAUUUUGUUGAUAAAUUGGAUGAAGAAGAACGUAAAA